GGAGGGGCUUGCUCAGUCCAGGAACCUGUUGCACUUUGGCUGGUGCAGUAAAACUCGGCAUGGCUGGACUCAACGCUGGGAUCCGGUUUGGCCCCCUCUUUUCUAAGCAGUUGUGUCCCCUCAGGAAUGUGUCCCAGGGGCCACUAAGGGCCCCCAUUAUCCCAUACAAGCAGGAGCAGAGAUCCAGAUGGGCCCCCCUGAGACCUUAUCACUCCUUGCCCAGGAGACCCCCGUUAGCUCUUGGGAAACUCCAGACUCCCACCAACCGCAAGGCGUCCGGCACCUCCAAGUUUAAUGAGCCCCCCAGUGCUGAGUUUGUGGCCCGACCAGCGGGGGUUUGUACCAUGAUGAGACUCCCCUACCAGGAGACUGCACAGGGGUUAGACGCUGCCUUUAUUGGGGUCCCCCUGGACACUGGCACCUCAAACCGCCCCGGAGCAAGGUUUGGGCCACGUCACAUUAGGGGGGAAUCUUGUAUGAUCAGGAGGUAUAACAUCGCCACCAAAGCUGCGCCCUUUGAAUCUCUCAUGGUGGCCGACAUCGGGGACGUCAAUGUGAAUUUAUAUGACCUGAAGGACAGCUGUCGGAGAAUCCGCGAGGCCUACCAGAAGAUCAUGGCAACCGGGUGCAUCCCUUUAACCCUGGGUGGGGAUCAUACCAUCACGUAUCCCAUUCUGCAGGCGGUGGCUGAAAAACAUGGGCCCGUGGGACUGGUACACGUGGACGCUCACACUGAUACUGGAGACACCGCCCUGGGGGAGAAGAUCUACCAUGGGACCCCAUUCAGGCGCUGCGUUGAUGAAGGUCUCCUGGACUGUAAGAGGGUUGUACAGAUUGGGAUCCGGGGCUCCUCCUACAGCGCCAACUCCUAUGAUUUCGGCAGAAACCAGGGGUUCCGUGUGGUCCUGGCAGAUGACUGUUGGUUUAAAUCUCUGGUCCCGCUGAUGUCAGAAGUGAGGCGCCAAAUGGGAGCUGGACCUGUUUACAUCAGUUUUGACAUUGACGGACUAGACCCGUCCUUCGCCCCUGGAACUGGAACCCCAGAAAUAGCCGGGCUCACCACAAGCCAGGCUCUGGAGAUCAUCCGCGGGUGCCGGGGGCUCAGUGUUGUUGGUUGUGACCUAGUGGAAGUGGCUCCAGUCUAUGACCAGACUGGCAACACGGCACUGACCGGGGCCAACCUGCUCUUCGAGAUGCUCUGCGUUCUGCCCAAAGUCAAAGUCAAUUAAGUUCCUGAUUGGCUGGUUUGCUGCUCCAUCAGAACUGAAGAGAUGAAACUUCCAACGGCAGCACAUUGAUCAGCGCAGGAUUCAGAGAUCAACGGAAACGCACAUUCGCUUUAAUCAUACGCCAAUCUCCGACUUUAGGGAAAGAGACUCAGUCCUUGCUUUAAUAGGGUGAUUCACCUUUAAGAAAACUUUUAGGGGGUAAUUUAUUAAAGUCUGAAUGCGAAAACCUCGAAAAAUUCAUUUUUUUUAACUAGAAAAUAUAAAUCUGACUAAUUCAGGCAAAAAUCUAAAAACUUCAGGCUUUUUAGGGGAGAAAGCCCCAAAAAAAAUGGUUUGGGGACAAAAAUCCUAAAAAAAUUGUACGAUUCCGGGUUUUGCUAGAUUUUUUAUAGAGUUUUUCCCUGAUCUAAUUAAAUCGUGCUUUUUUUUUUUUAAUAAUAAAUAAGGUCAAAUUAUGGAUUCUA